AGUGGACACUGGACAUCUGUCCAAGUAAAUAAAAGAAUUAUGGAUCAAGAGAAACCAAGUUGUAGUGUAAAUCAUGGAAAACGGACUCGACCUUUGUUACUGCAACCAAGCCCGAAGAUAGCGAGAAUAUCCGCUUACGCAAGUUCAACGUCUAGUUCCGUGCUUAAAAAUUCAAAAAAGUUGAGUCCAAAUUCACCUAGGAAGCCAAAAUUAUUGUAUAACAAGAGUGACGUACCAGCGCCAGGGACACCUGUUCCCGAUAAACACGUUCGUAAGGCUGGUCCUUACCUGCUAGGCCCGAAACUAGGACCUAGUCCCGUUAAAAGCAUAGUUCAGUGCUUAGCGCGUAAAGAAAAGACUGAUGACUAUUACCAAAUAAAAAUCCUAACUCUUCGUAAUGAAGGGCAGGUUGAAACGCAAGAUGACAGACAGGGGAAGAUGCUUCUACACACCGAAUAUUCGCUAUUAUCUCUUUUGAAGGACCAGGAUGGUGUUAUUCAUCAUCAUGGUUUGUUUAAGGAUCACGCUCUCGAAGAAAUACCAAAUCCUAACGGACCAGGUUUCAUUUAUACAGGAAGAGUACGACAAAGGCUAUUCUUAGUAUUGGACUGUGUUACUGCACAUCAGUUUAGCGAGAAAGGCAGUGAACUUAUUAAUUUACAACAGUAUGUUACAAAAGUAAAAAAAGUUCCAGAGAAAGAAGCAAUAUUAAUUUUUUAUGAUAUUGUCAGGGUUGUUGCUAAUUUGCAUAAGAGAAACAUAGUUCACAGAGACUUAAAACUUGGCAAUAUAGUUUUAAAUCAAAGGACUGGAAGGAUUGUUAUAACAAACUUUUGUCUUGGAACACAUUUAGGAAGUGACAGGGAUCUUUUAAAAGAUCAAAGAGGUUCUCCAGCAUACAUUUCCCCGGAUGUAUUAAUGUGUAAGCCAUAUCUCGGUAAACCUUCUGAUAUGUGGGCUCUUGGUGUUGUAUUGUACACAAUGUUAUAUGGCCAGUUUCCGUUCUGUGAUACAAGUUUGGCUCAAUUAUUUAGUCGUAUUCAAGCUGCGAACUACAAUAUACCACCGGAUGGUAACUCUGUGCAAGUUUCAGACAACACAGUGUUUUUAAUUCAAAGGUUAUUAGUAAAGGAUCCCAAGCACAGAUUGUUGGCAGAUCAGGUUCUAGACCAAUUAUCGAGUAUAAUAGCGAGUUACGUCGUAAUACCGAAUCCACCUGAAGAUUUACAAGUAGUACCUGACAUUCCACUGGACGGAGACAAGGAAAAACCAGCCAACAGUGGAUCUACAGAAGUAGACAGAAAACCAUUCCUCACGAUACCAGAAAAUGGAGAGAAAACACCUAAUUCUAAUGAUGAACUAGGGGUUUUCUGCGUACCGCUCCCCGAUUUUCUAGCUUUAAACUUCCCAUCACCGACAAGAAUGACACAAAAUAGUAUCUUGGUCCACCCAACAACCCCAGUCGAGUCGGCUAACCAAAAUCAAAGACAAAUAACCGUUCAAAGAAUUGGCAGAGACGCUAGACCGUUAUUACCAUGCGAAAUAGCCAGAUAUCAACACAUGUUUACAAACCAACGCACAGAUAAUCCAAGAAGAACAGAAGUACAGAAUUUUGUUCCGGAAACAAGAGAGCGAACGGAAAAUUCUAGAUUAAGAACAUUAGCGCAGAGAAUUCCAAGAUUAAACGCUGUUUCAACGUCUAAUCCAGACUUUAGAGUAAUUCCUUGGUCGGAAAGAUCUAGAUUAGACCAGGAUUACGUUUUAAGAUUGCCAGUUCUAGAUGUUUCUAGAAUGGGUAAUAGAAUUAUGAAUCCGGCUCCAACGCAUACGGUUAAUCCUGAAUCUGUUGUAAAUAAUCCAAGACAGCAAGCCGAUAGUUCUGAAGCUGACUAUAAUUAAUAUUGAUGAACUAGUUGUGCCCGCGACUUCAUUUGCGUGGAAUUUAACAAAAUGUUAUUGGAC